UGCUGAACACUAACAAUGAGGCCCCCGAGAGGCGGUCGUGGCGGAGGAUUUAGAGGGGGUCGUGACGGUGGCCGUGGGAGAGGUGGUCGUUUUGGUGGUGGCAGGGGCGGCGGUGGCUUCCGCGACGAAGGCCCACCUACUGAAGUCGUAGAGGUCUCAACCUUUAUGCAUGCAUGUGAAGGAGAUGCGGUCACAAAACUUACAAAUGAGAAAAUUCCUUACUUCAAUGCCCCUAUAUAUCUGAAGAACAUGACUCAAAUUGGUAAAGUUGAUGAAAUAUUUGGCCCCAUUAAUGAAUCUUACUUUUCAGUUAAAAUGAUGGAAGGAAUUGUUGCUACUUCUUACUCAGCUGGUGAUAAGUUUUAUAUUGACCCGAGGAAACUGUUGCCUCUUGCGAGAUUUCUUCCACAACCAAAGGGACAGCCACAAGCUGCUAGAGGAGGAGGCCGUGGCGGAGGCAGAGGUGGUCGUGGAGGAGGCCGCGGAAGAGGUGGCCCAAGGGGUGGGAGAGGUGGUCCCCCAAGGGGCGGUGGCCGCGGUGGUUUCAGGGGGAGGGGGAGAUGAUAGGAUCAUUUUGUGUAACGGUUUCAUGGUACUUCAGUCAUUUUACCUUGGAGAUAACAUAGGACGCCUAAUCGAAAAGAUAUUUGAUGCCUGUGGAUUGAGUGAUUCCAUCGCAUGCUUCUUUAAUUAUAUUGAUUCCAAAUUUCAAGUUUAUUAUGCAGGAAAUCUCUGAAUUACAAAAGAUUGUGAUAAAUUGCGAACUGUUAUUGCAAA